GUUAACGACAACAAAUUAGAGAGGAUGUUUGUUAAUGACAUUCCGCGGGCCGCUUAAGUGAGAGAAGGGGGUCCUGACUCUGUGAUCAGGGUCCACGAUGACAAAAGGGACCUCCGAUACGAUCUCCACUAGGACAAACUGACCACGGAGGACAUUAAGAUAGAUCGUCCGACAAGAAUGGACAAUGGAUUCAAUUCUACAAAAAUAACAUUCAAUUAAAUGACUUCCUGUUUCUGGAUGACGUCACUAAAGAGUGAAUGUGCGAGCGAAUGAAAGGUAUCUGAUUCAGCUUCACUCGGUCAUCGGGGAAGAAGAAUGACCUCUAUGGAAACCAAAAUGGAAACAUGUAGUUCCACUGACGAUAGAUCUGAUCGAAAACUGGAUACCGAUGCCCAAAUCAAGUCUUUACAGCCAGCUCCUCAGAAGAAUUCAGAGCAGUACUUAAAGGAUAGAGACAGUUGUACCAAAUAUUUCGACAAUUGGACUGAAUAUGACCAAAUUACUUUUGUGGAACAUUUGUUAUCACGCAUGUGUCAUUUUCAACAUGGACAAAUUAACAGUUUCUUGAAACCGAUGUUACAAAGAGAUUUCAUUUCCGCUCUCCCAGCAAAAGGUCUUGACCAUAUAGCAGAAAACAUUCUCUCCUACUUGGAUGCCAAGUCAUUGUGUGCAGCUGAGGGUGUGUGCAAGGAAUGGUAUCGUGUGAUCUCAGAGGGCAUGCUAUGGAAGAAACUCAUAGAAAGAAUGGUACGAACAGACACCUUGUGGCGGGGCCUGGCUGAGAGACGGGGAUGGGGAGUGUAUUUGUUCAAGGGUAAAGGAGGGGACACACCCACAGACCACAAGUUUUACAGAAAUUUAUAUCCACAAAUUAUAGAAGAUAUCGAGAGGAUUGAAACAAACUGGAGGACCGGGCGCCACACCCUCCAGCGAAUUCACUGUAGAAGUGAGACCAGUAAGGGUGUGUACUGUCUUCAGUACGAUGAGACGAGGAUUAUCAGCGGACUGAGAGACAAUACAAUCAAAGUCUGGAAGUCCAAAAUGAUGUGGGACCGCAACACGUUAGAGUGUGUUCAAGUAUUAACAGGGCACACAGGUUCAGUUCUAUGUCUACAAUACGAUGAUAACAUCAUUAUAUCAGGGUCCAGUGACUCCACCGUCAGAGUCUGGGAUGUACACACGGGUGAGAUGUUGAAUACCUUGAUCCACCACUGUGAAGCUGUUCUACACUUGAGAUUCUGUGAUGGCAUUAUGGUCACUUGUUCAAAAGAUCGAAGUAUUGCAGUGUGGGAUAUGCAGUCUCCAACUGAGAUCAAUUUACGGCGCGUGUUGGUUGGACAUCGUGCUGCUGUAAAUGUUGUGGACUUUGAUGAGAAAUACAUUGUUUCAGCAUCAGGGGACAGGACAAUCAAGGUCUGGAGUACGUCGACUUGUGAAUUUGUACGCACAUUAAAUGGACACAAGCGUGGCAUCGCAUGUCUUCAGUACCGAGAUUGUCUUGUGGUCAGUGGCAGCUCAGACAAUACGAUCAGGUUGUGGGACAUAGAAAGUGGGGCAUGUCUUCGUACACUUGAAGGGCAUGAGGAACUGGUACGGUGUAUCAGAUUUGAUAACAAACGCAUAGUCAGUGGAGCCUAUGAUGGUAAAAUUAAAGUGUGGGACCUUGCAGCUGCUUUGGAUCCCCGAUCGCCUGCUGGUAGUCUCUGCUUAAGGACACUAGUGGAGCACUCUGGUCGAGUAUUCCGCCUACAGUUUGACGAGUUCCAAAUUGUCAGUAGUUCUCAUGAUGACACCAUUCUUAUUUGGGACUUUCUAAAUGUGCCAGUAGAAACUACAUCCUCGUCCAAUAACCGCUCUCCAACGCGGACCUACACUUACGUGAAUAAUUGAUCUCAUGGGGUGCAAUCCCCUUACAGUGUGUAUGCGUGUGUGGUGAAUGUUAAGGAGGAUGUGGUAGGCGAUCCCAGCAUUCCAGAAUCCCCCCUUCAAAGUGAAUGUAUAUGGUGUUUCAUCGGUCCAUUAGUUUGUAUCUGCUGUUUCAGGGAGACAAUUUAUCUCUGUUUUGCAGUAUUUAUGGAAACAACAUGAAAAACAUGACAUUUCAUUUUUCAUUGUGGUCAGCUACAUUGUUAUAGCAUUUGCUGUUUUGACAGAGUCUAUAGUGAUUUGAUUUUCUUUGAGUUUUGGAAAUGUGAAUAUUGAUUUAUUGGGGGGAAAAUGGCUUUAACGUUGGAUAAGUAGGUGAAUGAUGUGCACGCUGUAGUCGCUUGUUGGAAUAUUUAUAAUCACACGUGAUGCUCAGUCUACUCUUCUUUUGAAAAAUAGGUUGAAUCAUUAUCUACAAAAUAUUCAAGCUGAUUUUAAAGUUUUACCAUAUUAAAGUUUUCUAAAGCUGGGCCAAUGAAGCUUGAAGUAGGCACUGCAUCUUUCACGUGUCCGCAACCUUAUUUUUACAAGGAAGAACAGAUACAAGUACAUUGCAGGCUGAUGUUUAUAAAGCAUUUUUGCUGAACUUGCAUUGUGAAUGAAAGAGUGGCCGAAUUAAAAUUGUGUAUUAGUAGCAGUUGAAAUAACGCGAGACGAAAUAAUUGUAUAAAAGUUUGUAUUCAUUUCCAUAAAUUUUUGUGAGAAAUGAAUCUGUGGAGUGUAUACUAGCUGUUAGUGCUCAUGACCUUGACCUUCUUCACCUCUUCUGUGUAGCUCUGUCAUCUAACAACCUUAUCUAGUUGUGCUGCAGAUUUAGGGUCAAAAGGAAAAAUUAUUUGUGAUGAAGUGAAUUUUAAAAAAUUGUUCUCUUUAAAAAGACAUUUUACUAUAAUGAUGUUUGGGCUUUUGCAUAGAUGAUAAAUCAUCGUGAUCACACAGAGCUAUUUGAAGUGCUAAAGCACGAAAAGGUCUAUUGUACUGCAGAGAUGUUUGUGUGAACUUAAUGUGUACUAAAGAUAUGUAGUGCACAUCAGUGUAUAAGUGCUACUGGUCAGUGUAUGUGUACUACUGGUCAAUAUGUGUACUGUAGGUCAGUGUAUGUGUACUACUGGUCAAUAUGUGUACUGUAGGUCAGUGUAUGUGUACUACUGGUCAAUAUGUGUACUGUAGGUCAGUGUAUGUGUACUACUGGUCAAUAUGUGUACUGUAGGUCGGUCUAUGUGUACUACUGGUCAAUAUGUGUACUGCAGGUCAGUGUAUGAGUACUACUGGUCAAUAUGUGUACUGUAGGUCAGUAUAUAUGUACUACUGGUCAAUAUGUGUACUGUUGGUCAGUGUAUGUGUACUACUGGUCAAUAUGUGUACUGCAGAUUAGUGUAUGUGUACUGUAGUAAAAGUCUUAUGUCUGAUUAUAUACAAUGUGUGUACAAGUCCGAUGAUUUAGCGUGGUCAGAGGUUAUGCAGUGCUGUGUGUGCCUAAAUGUAAAUACUUUGCAAUAUGCCUAAUGUUUGUGAUGUUCUAUUUAUUCUAAGGGGGAGUCAUCAGAUCUUUUCUUUUGUUGCGUUGGUUGAGUAAAGAUUAUCUGUAACUUAAAUAAAUUUUAUGAAAUACAAUCUCGAUGUAUAUUGGUAGCUUUCUCACAAUAAUGUGUGUCAUUAUCAUGAUAUAACAGCAAAUUACAGGCUUGUUUGUUUAUCAGUGGUCCUCUCUAAUGCUCCCUUAUACAUGAAAACAAUAAAAUUGUUUACUUAU